AUGGGUCGAAGACGGCUCGAUGGCUAUUCCAAUCCCUCCGAAUCGCCUGUCUCCCUUCCCUUCCUCUGGAUUGUGCUCCUCAUGGAUCCCUCUGUGUGCAUCUUCCUUUUCACCUCUGUCCUCCGGUUCUGCCACGCCUGGUCAGUGAACAAUUUCCUGAUGACAGGCCCAAAGGCUUACCUGAUCUACUCCAGCAGCGUGGCAGCUGGCGCCCAGAGUGGCAUCGAGGAAUGCAAGUACCAGUUUGCCUGGGACCGCUGGAACUGCCCUGAGAGAGCGCUGCAGCUGUCCAGCCACAGCGGGCUACGCAGUGCCAACCGGGAAACAGCAUUCGUGCACGCCAUCAGCUCGGCGGGGGUUAUGUAUACACUGACCCGCAACUGCAGCCUUGGAGACUUCGACAACUGUGGCUGUGAUGACUCCCGCAACGGGCAGCUCGGGGGCCAGGGUUGGCUGUGGGGUGGCUGCAGUGACAACGUGGGAUUUGGGGAGGCCAUCUCCAAGCAGUUCGUAGACGCUCUAGAGACGGGGCAGGAUGCCCGAGCCGCCAUGAACCUGCACAACAACGAGGCCGGACGGAAGGCCGUGAAGGGCACGAUGAAGCGGACGUGCAAGUGCCACGGCGUGUCGGGCAGCUGCACCACUCAGACGUGCUGGCUUCAGCUGCCCGAGUUCCGAGAGGUGGGCGCCCACCUCAAGGAGAAGUACCACGCGGCCCUGAAGGUCGACCUGCUGCAGGGAGCGGGCAACAGCGCGGCGAGCCGGGGCGCCAUCGCCGACACCUUCCGCUCCAUCUCCACCCGGGAGCUGGUCCACCUGGAGGACUCCCCCGACUACUGCCUGGAGAACAAGACCCUGGGCCUGCUGGGCACCGAGGGCCGCGAGUGUCUGAAGCGGGGCCAGGCCCUGGGCCGCUGGGAGCGCCGCAGCUGCCGCCGGCUCUGCGGGGACUGCGGGCUUGUGGUGGAGGAGAGGCGGGCGGAGACCGUGUCCAGCUGCAACUGCAAGUUCCACUGGUGCUGCGCGGUGCGCUGCGAGCAGUGCCGCCGGCGGGUCACAAAAUACUUCUGCAGCCGCAAGGAACGGAGGGAGCACGGCGGGGGCGGGACAACCCGUAAGCUCAAGAAGAAACCCUAG